GGACCGCCAUUUUGGCUCGAGCGCUGGCUUAGCUUGAGUGGUGCUGCUGUGGCUGUUACGGAGCCGUUAUGGAGUAGAUUCACAAUGAGGCGUUACAAAUGCAGAAAGAAGCCGCACACUGUCACGUGUGGUUUGUUUACUUCCGCCUAAAACCCAAUUGCACGUGCUAGGAAAGGUGAGUCUCCCGUUUUUGCAAAAGACACCCGGUUCUGAGCAAAGCUAGCAGGAGAUUAGCUUUUCCUUGAAAUGUGAAGAACAAGCUUCCUUCUGAGCUGAGACAAUAGCCGUAAACAGACCCAAUGAUAUACUCACGGUUUAAGAGUUGUGUACAAAGCUUAGUCCUAAAAUGUUUGACAAACUUUAAAACUACAAACGACAAAAUAGUUUUCCUAUGCUGUCACGUGACACCGGUGUACUAGUUCGACAAGUAACCCUGUUAACCAUGGGGCUAAAAGCGUCUGUGGUCGUCCACUCGUCAAUGUUGAAAACAGAAAGCGGAGACAGACAUGUGCAGGACACGUUUGCACAAACUGUAAUAUAUUAACAAAGACUCAUUUCUGAAGAAUUCAACAGCUGCUUGGGUUUUCCGCGAACAAGGUCACACCCUUAAAAUAACCCCAGUUACCACUAACUGCAGUUUUGAUAACUUACAACACUGCUUCAUAGUGAGGUGCCAGCUGAACUCAUAUUUGUAAGAACUACUUUUGAAUAUCAUUGAGACACACCACAGUUCAUUUCAGUCUAUUCCGGGGAUAUACUUGGAUUACAAACAGGACUGGUCUAAGAAAACUGAAGCUGUUCACAAAAAGGGCCUCAGUCAUCUAGACCAGUGGUUCUCAACUGGUGGGUCUCGACCCAAAAGUGGGUCGCGGCCACGUUCUGGAUGGGUCGCGGACAGCUCAAAAAGUAAAUAUUUAAUGCAUCUGAUGUUUGAUAUGUCAAAAAUGGCUUAUUUUGAAAGGCAGGCGUUGUGUUGUGGUCCUCCUGGGUUUCUUAUUAAUGUGGCGUAAAUGCCAUAAAAAUACAGGGUUUUUUUUUUUGGUCUUUAUUUUGUGCAAUUUGAUAUUUUCUGUUUAUGCAACUUUAGUAGUUGUCAUCCUCAGUUCAUGUGCAGUUCAUGUGAUGAGGUCCUUUAACAUCUGAGGAUGUUAUAUGAGUCUGUGGUGGCCAGUGUGACCCUGUUUGCUGUUGUGUGCUGGGGCAGCAGGCUGAGGGCAGCAGAUGUCAGCAGACUUAACAAACUCAUCCGUAAGGCCAGUGACACUGUGGGGGUAGAGCUGGACUCUCUGACAGUAGUGACAGAGACGAGGAUGUGCUACAUGUAAUCUUGGACAGCAUCCACCACCCACUCCAUAACGUGCUGGUCAAACACAGGAGUACAUUCAGCGCUAGACUCAUUCCCCCAAAAUGCACCACAGAGCAUCACAGGAAGUCAUACAUGCCUGUGGCCAUCAAACUUCAUAAUUCCUCCCUCUGUGUGUUACACACACUCUGUCUGUCUAUGGAUUUAUUCCUACUGUAGAAACUGUAAAUUUCUCCAUUGCAUAUAUUACAUUCAGUGGUGUAAUCUGUAAACUGGUUAAACUUCAAUAAUCCAAGAAUGAAAUACAAAUCAUGCUUUUCAGUUACACUAUGCAAUAUUCCCUUUAGCUGUGCAAUUCUUUGUUAAGCUGUACGAUACUAUGUGCAAUAUCCUACACUACAAACUGAUUUUGUAUACACUUCCUGCUCUUUCUGUUUGUACCUAGCUUAUUUCUUAAACACUCUGCACUUUGUAAAUAGCUUUAUUUUUAAUAUUCUGCACUUUUUACCGAACAUUACAAUAUAUUAUUUAUUCUUAUCAAUUCCUAUUUUUGUUCUCCUUCAUUUAAUAUUUGUAUUGCAAGUGCAGGUGCAAUGCCAUAAUGACUGAAUCUGAGAACACAUUCUGGCAAAUCACAGCCAUUCUCAUCAUUUGCUAUAGCAGAGCCAAUCUUUGUGUAUUCUGGCCACUACCAGUCUAAGAUGCCCAGGUGGUAUUCUGUAGUUGUCGCUCUUAUGCAGCUGAGAUAUGUUGAGACUGGAUGCCUGGUGGUUUCUGUCUUUUUAGGAAUUUUUCUAUUGAAAGAGGUGGUAGGUUGGUCUGGCUUGUUUUCAGUGGUACAGGAGCCUUCUGGUAUGUCAGUGGCUCUGAUAACAACUACUCAUUUCUGAUUAGUUAGACUGGUGUGUUGAAUUUUAAAAUAAAAGAUACCAGAAGAACAUAGGUUUCAAUAUGCAAUGACUAAUAACACCCAAAAAGACACGCUAUAUUAAAAUCCUUUCGUCACAAAUAAUGCCUUUAGUCAGUUUUACAUUUUCUGUUUACAUCCUCAGUGACCCCCCAAGUAGUUGGAAUCCCUACUUUAAAAAGGUGUUAUUGGUAUGUGCAUUGUGGCUCCAAUUCAUCUUGUAUUGACCCUGUUAUACCACCACCACUUUUGAUACCUUUAAGGGUUAAAAUCCAAAUAUUUAAUUUUCUGUUUCAUUAUUCAACUCAAACACUAAAAGAUCAUCCUAGUUCCAAAUUAUAAUCCCUCCGAAUCUGACUAAAUAUAUGUUAAACAAGAUCACACAGUUCAAAUAUGAACUCUGCCCUUUAUUAGAAAAAUGAUGUUGCCUGAAGUUCACUGAAUACAUCAAACAUGUAUAUUUGGCACCAGUGAAUGGCAAUGUAAUGUGGUAUGCGCAUAAAUAUAUAGUAUUGGCUGAUAAUGUUUUCUGUUGAGUGAUUUUCAGGAUGUAGAUACCGUUAAGUCAUGUAAAAGUCCUUUUACGCAUAACAUACGUAUAUGUUAAUUUAGUAUAAUUAUACGACCCUGAUGUUUUUGUGUAUUAAGAUAUUGACAGAUUUGCAUAUUCACACUUUUGGCCAGAUUAUUUUGAAUCAUUUGUGUAAAUUUUGUACUUCAUUUCAGUUUGACUAACCGGCAUCCAUAAAGAGCAACACAGAUAUUUAUCUUUAUUCUUGAGAAGAUAAAACAGCUCCCAACAUCCUCUCUGUUUUAACUAUCAACCAGUGUCGCUACAGGUCAUGGCUGCUCUUGACACCAUUAAACCCUUCAGCCCAGAGGAGAUUCAGAGGAUCCUGCAUCACCUGCAGCAGCCUGCAGUCUUCAUUAACAUGACGUGUGACUGGCCUGUCCUCCACUGGACUGCAGAGCAUCUCUCUGAAUGCCUCCGUGACAGACUUGUCCGAUUCCGACUUGGGGAAAAAGAUGAGACAAAGAGUAAGAACAGAAAGUUUCAAUGACAUGAGAGCAAUACAUAAAUAAAACUGAUCAUGUACAAGAAAAUAUUUUGUUAGUUUUGGACUUAUAAUUGCCUUUCACCCACUUUCUGUCUCAUAUUAAUAAAUUGAUUAGUUUUCAAAUGUGUGAAUGUUCUUUUGAAAGACAUUUUCUGCUAAAACCAUUAAGCAUUUAGUGGUUUAACUACUUUGUAAGUUAUCCACUCCACUUCAAGACAUUAAUCCAAAAUGUUCUGGCACCACUUCGUUCCUAUAGCCGUCAAUUUCAAUAAGCUCAGUAAAAAGCUUUUCUUUUGCAUUCUUAUUCACACAAACGCACAGAGUUUUUAUUAUUUCAUUACAUUUCACUGAGCACAUGACUGCUUUCUGCAGGCUUGUGAAAUACAUUUUCUAAAAGAUACUGUUUUAAAUAUUGAAGUUAGAAAGAUGAAGUUAGAAAGAUGUGGUUUAAGAAGAGAAAUACAGAUUUUUUUUAAUGAUUGAACAGCUCUAUUCCAUCCUCCUCUAAAACAUCAGCACUGCAGACUCCUUCAGUGAUGAAUUACAGGGCAGGUCCUCUGAUAAAAGCUCACUAAUUAGAUUUCUAAAUCAUCUUCAACAGCCAACAGGAGGGCAUUGUUUAUGAUGGAUUAUGACUGGCAUCACUCAACUAUGGACACACUUAAUUUACUGCAACAAAAGCCAGUAAAUCACUAAAACUGUGAUUUAUACUUCUCAUGAAAGUGGGUAAAAACAAAAUUUCAUGCCCCUGUGAUGAUGCAUAUAGCAAUUCUGGCCUUUGAGUUGCAUUGCUACUAUAAAUUGAAUGGUAUUACUGAAACUUUUGCACCUUUUCCACUGAUUUCUCAUUUACUUGUGGUUUUCUUUCCAGCCCCUCUGUUUGAAACACAGUGCUCCUAUGUGGAGGCCAAGCUGAAGCACUUUCUUAACUGGACCCAGGGUCAGACUGGGACAGAUGUAGGGCCUUUCAGUGACUACUCCAUAUCAGAGUACUGGGCCUAUGCCGACUACAAGUACAUUGCCAUGUUGUUUCAAGAUCAGCCCUCUAUGUUUGAGGUAAGAAUCCUCCCACACACAUGAAUCAUAGAAAUCUGGACUUCAAAUACAACUACCAAUGUAAGACCAGGCUAUUAAGAGAUCUUAAACCAAAAGCAGACAGAGAACCUAGCAACCCGCUGAGCUUUUGCAACUCUAUUUGAGCCAGUCCUCAAGUCUUGUGUCUGCCAUUGAAACCUUUUUGAAUACAAAAUGUUUUUUUUUUUGUAUUAUCUUUUAAAUGGUUUGGGUAAAAGAGGCUAAAAAUAUGUAUUCACAAAAAACACAGAAUUAAUAGUUUUAUUGCUUCAGCCCCUUUGGAGUCUUUCUGCUUGCAGCUCCAUAUUGUUAUUUUCUUAAAUAUGAGUUGCUAGUGGCAACCACUGACUGUAUAGACCCUUUUAGGGACCUCUUGUGAAACAUAUUUAUCAUAUAGGCACUAAAGCAAAAGCAAAAACCCAACAACAGCAUGCAUUUGUUGUUGCGCCAUUGUUAAUGUCGUGAAUACGGGGAUAAAUAUUUGUUUUCUGUUCUGGCUAAUAGACAGGACUUGUUUUUUGUGUACUCCUUCCUCAUCAGUUUUUUUAAUGGGACAGUACAACCAAAGAUGAAAUUAGAUGUCUGUAAACAGUAAGGUCUUCAGACUUUAGUUUUUGAAAUCAGGUUUCCCAGUUUUUACAGCUACCUGAAUAAGUAGUUAUGUACAAGCUCAAAAGUAUGUGUAAAUCUGACUAUUAUACCUGGGUGGGCUUUGAGUAAGAUAUAAGAGUAUUAGUGAGGUUAGUCAUGCUGAACAGCCGAAUUUCAGUUCUCACCAAAUGUGUCAAAUGAGAUUAAAUUUGGUGCUCAGGGCUGACUAGUCACGUUUUUCUUUUUUUUUUCCUCAAAACUAGGCAAAAAUUCUAAGUUCACCUGGCUCGGUUCACAGGGGGACAUUGUUAUGUCGAAAAAUAAAAGGAGCUUUUCCUAAAUUGCUUACACAAAGUUAUCAAGACUUAGUACAAAACAAAAGUUUAUGCUGUUGGAUUAAGAUUUUCUUGAAUUGUUUUUGGAUAUUUUUGCCUACCUGUUUUGAAACUCAGUGUUUUCAUUUGGAGACGAAACUGAAGAACUUUCAUAACUGUAGCUUGGGCCGGACUGUGACAGGUGUGGGGCCCCUAAUCAGAGCUGUAAGCUUUAAUUAACCUUAAAUGCAUAACCACAUUGUUUUAAGAUCAGCCUUCCAUUUUGAGGUAAUUAACCUCCUCCUUUCACAAUUUUUAUAUUUGGUUCCCUCGACUCUCAAAAUACUUCCUGUGCAGUAACAGUGUGCAACAACAGGUUUCAAUACCCUGACAGGGGAAUUCAGGGAAAAUAGAAAUAAAUAACAUUCUCAUAACCAUUUAGAAGAUAAGUGCGGCUUAUCCUUGGAUAGAAAACCGCUUUGUUCACUGUGUUAAUGAUAGUUGCAAGUAUCUUGUUGAGACCAUUGAUUGUUUUUUCCCCAGCUUUUACUGACGUUAACCACCUCAUACACCGUCACAGAGGCAUGUGUACCGUAGUGUUCCAUCCCCUCUUCUUCAAGCAUGCACAGUUUUCUGCUCCAGGGCCACGCUGCUGUAAUGCAUGCAGAUGGGGUUUGGCCUUACCUUGUAGAAAUAUGCAUAAAAUCUCAGCAAAAGGUGUCUGCAUAUGCCACUCCAGGACCUAUUUGUAUUUGUAUUAAACCAUGUCCCUCUUUCACUGAAUCUUUUGCAUACCAUCACCAUUGUACAUGGCGUCCCAGUGUAUUUUUAAAUGGAAUUGUAAAUAGUACUAUUAAACUGACACAGUGAACUUUGUGGUCAGUGAUACUAGAAUUUACAUUCUGGGCAACACAGGAGUUUAAACCAGAACUGUAAUCUGCAGGUUGCUGUUAGGAGCGUGUAUUGAAAAGCUCCUUAUUUUUGUUUACAGUGUGAUUAUUGAAAUAUCAAAGCGAGCUCACAGUAUGCUUAAAUAUAAGCAGCGAGCGUAGCCAAGUUUUUGCCUGAGGCCCAGGGCGGUGGCCUCCCUCCCACAGGUGAAAUCCACGUGCCGGCACAAAAAUGUAGGAGAAGUUUAUGUCUCUAUUAGAUGUGUGAUUUCACUGUGUGGUAAGACUAACGUGUGUUUGGGCUCUCACAAAAUAAAGAACCUAGAAACAAAGACGGCAGAGUCGGGUGGAGGUUCUCACUUGUUAUUCAUGUGCACAUGAAGGCUGAUUUAAAAUGUGUGGAAAAAACUUUGAGACGGACAAAUUAACAAUUGGUGUCCAAGCAGUUUGAAAACUUGGCCAAGUGUCUGCUGACUGGGUUUUAUGGGGAUAGAAAGGAGUAGGUGCGAACAGGUACCGGGUUUAAGUCCCAGGGGGACAGAGGAGUAAUCGCUAAUAGAUCCCGAGACCAAUAAAUUGGCAGACCAGAAUUGUUGUGUGUGAACAAGAUCCCGAGAUAGAGAAGUCUUAGGGGGAUAGAUCACCGAAGUUGCACGCAAGUUGAGAAGCCGGCAGCCUAGCCCUGACAAGUGUGUGAAAAAGAAUAAUCCGAUGAGGUGUGUCUAAAAUCGUGGAUACAGCUCUGUUGAACCCGCGGAGGUCUGAAAAGGUGACAAACCCAGACAGACCACCCCAUGUUAAGCUUGUAUAUUUGACAAAUAAAGUACAAAACACCCAUAAAAGUGUGUGUGUGGACCGGUCCGUAUGAGUGUGGUCUUUCUUUCCCCCUUCUCUCUUUUUCGUUUCUCUCUCACAAUAGACUCUGUCCUCACAUCAGCGUAGUGGGGAAAUUGGAGCGGCUGAUAAGUGUGUGUGUUUGCAUACGUGUGUUGGAGAAAGUCUGAUGAUUUUAAACUGAAUGAUAAAUGUCGCAUGGGCUGUGUAUAACACAUUAAGGUAUAUGUUUAACUGCAAGUAGACUGACAUCAAUAUGUCGUGCAUUGCACAAGCUGAGCAUAAUCUGUUGCAAAUUGAUGUGUGACUAAUUGAAAAUGUUUAAUAUGCUGGUUACAGAAAUAUUAUAAGCAAACAAAGAUUGACUAUGUUGAGACAACCUGUAUAUUGUGCUUAAAGUUGUAAUAAUUGUAAUAUAAAAUAGACUGUUGCUGGACCUCUUGGAUUGUGUGUGUAAGGUUUGAUGGUGAAACGGAUUGUGGUGCUGGUACAUCAAUUUGGAAAGUGUGAACUGGGACACAGUUAGAGUUUGUAAGUUGAGACGCAGUUAAAAGUUGUGCAGUAGGGUGUGGCACAGACAGAGUGCAAGACAAGUUGACAGUACGAGAGUCAGACUGAGACUGAUUGAAAGAUGCGGGAAGUAAAAGGGAGGUGGAGCCACUUCUGCUCUCCCUCUGGGAAGAGCCCCCAUGAGGCAGAUUCAGAUCAAGCCAACACGUGAGUUAUUGUAAUUAGUUCAUAGUGGAGGCUGGAAUUAUCAACAUUAAGCUCCAAUUCAAGCUAAAACUGAAAUUCAGAGUAACAAAUAAGGAUUUAGAACUUAAGUCUUUACAGCAAAUGAGUUAAGGUUUUACAUAUUUUAUAUGGGAAAGGUCCUUAAAUAAGUAGAUACAUACAAGCGCUAAAGUAGGAAUAGAUUGGGUCAUUACUCCCUGCUAGUCUUGGAUUUAAACAUAAUAGCAUUUGUGAAGUCUUUCUCAUAAACACACACAUUUCAGUUCAAGCCAGGAGUGUUAAAGAAUUGAUUCAGUGCUCUGUUCUGAUCAGUCAUAUUCCUGGAAACAAAAUAAGGAGAAAUCUUUAUGGAUUGGCUUUGUGCACAGGGAGGCAUUGUUGUGUUGAAAUAGAAAGGAGCUUUACCCAGAUCUGUAAGUCCAAUACUUGUAAGGACUUUGCAUUAAACAAAAAAGUAUGCCAUAUUGCUUUGAGAUUUCCUUGAAUUGCAGUAAUGUUGUGUUCACACCAAACGCGAAUAAAAUCUUCUAGCUUAAUUCGCACAUUUUUGGACGGGUGAAUGUUGUGUAUUUACUUGCUUGAUUUGCGUGUUGGCAUCGGGUCUGUACAGAAAACCAAGACCACUUUUCAGACUACAGAUUCUACAUUUUUUAUUAGACUAAGUUAUGAAUAUUGAAUCUUUUCAUUACAACAAUAAACUUAUUUAAAGUUCAGAGAGCUUCUCUUAAAGUCUUAAAGUUUUUGGAGCUGUAGUUUUUCAAUCAAUUAAACAUUAAAUGAAAAAUAUGCAAAUUUAAAGAGACAAAACCUUCCUCCUAAAGUUUUAUUCAAAGGUAAUUAUUAAUAUUCUUUUUUUUCCCCAUUUUUUGACAUUUUCAAUUAAAACAUCAAGCCUUAUGUUUAUUUCAGUUUGAUAUAAGCAGGUAUUUUGUCCUGCAGUGGGUAAAGACAUAAAAGUGCCAUCCUUUUUCAAGCAACAGCCACCUUUUCAUUCCAUUUGUAUCUCAGUGAUUCAUUUUUGUUGGGCGUCCACCUGCAAUUAUUAGCCGCUGACAUUCAUGCCUUGAAGACAGGCAGACGGGGGCUUUUUACAGGACAAAUGAUUCUGGGAAUAAAGGCUGCCUCCAGGCUGCAUUGACCAGUGUGUCAUUUACAGCUGCCUGCAUAUAUGCUAAUGGAUUCAUUAUUCAGGAUACCGGUCUGAAUGCUACACCUUUGUGCUCUGACAAGACAUGAUUGACAGAGCAGUUUUCCAUGACAGAUUACAAAUACUGUAGCCUGGUUUCCCCACACAAAGGCCUUCAUUUGGCACCUAUAAUGGGCUCUGUCAGAGGAGCUGAUGAGGUGGGAUUACUUCUAUUAGAUGUGACAGUUCUUACAACAUGAGCCGUGUGCAUGUCACAUGUACAAUAAAAGACUUUUAAUAGAAAAUGAAAUGCUAUUAUUUCUAUUUUUAUAUCAUUUUGAUUGAUAUUUGUAAGACCCCAAUCUCAUAGAAGAUGUUUUAAAUGAUAUUCUAACAGAAUUUGAUGGUUAAAAAGUCAUUCAAAACCCAUAUCAAUUGAAAAGUAGUGUAAAGACAAAAUUUAAAAUGCUGAAAAUGCUAUUAUAUACUUUAAAAUUCACUUUAUGGCUAUUUUACAUGUGACAAGCAUGUUAAUCCUGUUUUAUGAUGCCUCAAAUUUUUCAGGGUAUGUGCAGAUGAGGUGUGACAGUGUCUCCCUAAAAUAUGGAUGAUCUCCUCUGAAAAAGUUUUGUUCAGGAUGCUUGCAUGUUGCUUCUAGCCCUCUAUAUAUUACUCAGCAUUAGAGGUGUCUUCCCAGAUGUGCAAGCUACUCGUACCCUAAGCAAGUAUGCAUUCCCAUGCUAAUAUGUGCUGAUAACAAGCAAACAGAGGGGUCCAUGAUGUCCAAAAAGAAUCUCAAAUUUCUAGGGUCUUGUGGAAUUAGUUUGCCAUUUAGUUGAAGUGUGCUUUUGUGUUGCAGGAUGUGAAGUGGUCAGAGUUUGGCUAUGAGGGACGUAAUGGAAGAGAGAGCACUUUAUGGAUUGGCACCGAGGGCGCCAACACACCGUGCCACCUGGACUCUUACGGUUGUAACCUUGUGCUGCAGGUACAGGGACGGUAAGAAGCAUCAUAGCAUAUGUUUACUGAUGUUUGUGUACUCAAAUUACCAGAUUAUUCAUCAGUUAACUGCUUCUGACUCUUUACUACCAAUCUUUUCCUCAGUAGCUGAAAUAAAUAGUUGUUUUCUACUGGUCAACCCAAACAAUUAGAAAGUAAAUUUGACUAGUUUGUCACUUUACCACACAUUCUGGUUUAGUACAAUGUAACUAACUCUGUAUCAAAAAACCCUAAUUUGCAUCAAACAUUUGGCUUGUGUUAUUAUGAUAACAAAAUGUGUGAUGGGUAGUUUGAAAAAGAACAAUAUUGACUUUCCUUACCGUUACCACUUUCCUCUGUGGACCUGAACACCUCCAAGAGGUUUUUAAGGUUUUUGAAUUAUUAAGUCUGAGGUUACAGUUUACUUUCAUGCAAAUUUGGCCAUCAGAGAAAAGGUUAAAAGUACGACUCUGCCUUGUGAUACCUGUGAAAAUGCUUUUGCACAUUCAGUGUUGAGGUGACAUAACCAGGCAUACGGAAACUUCAGGAUAUACAGCUGAUAAUUUGGGAAGUUUUCCACCUGCAGCCACCCAACUUUUCUGCAACAGGAAAGCUGCAGGGCACUGCAGCUGUUUACACAGACUACGAUCUGUCCUCUUGCCCUCUUAAAGAAAGUUAAUUUGUUGCAGAGCUCGCCAAAGCUGGAGGGAAAUGGAGACAGAGUGUGAGGCGCUGCAUUGGGCACCGCGAGUCAGAAAACAAGAGGGAAAAGGUCUUUGAAUCUUAUCUCAACCUACUGCUCUCCCAGAGAGGCCUUUUAUCUCACUCAUUGUCUCUUUUAUUUGGUAUUGAUCUCAAGUUAAAUGAAAUUCAGCUGCUACAACUGGCCCAUGAAAGUACAACAGUGAGGAUUGAUAUGAUGACUUUGGUGACAAUGGUGGGUUGGAUGAACAGAAAGCAAUAAAGGCGAUAAUGGGAGAAACCUCAGAAAACGCUAGAAAGACAUUGAGCUGCCAAAAAAAAUAAGGCUGUUUGGAGCAGUAAAAAUCAGAGCCAUCUACACUUGAAACUAUGUAUGAAGUACAUGUCACAGAGAUUAUUUUCUAUGGAAGUACAAAAGAGUGAAGCUUUCUGGAUUUGCAGGGUAGUAAAAUUUUUAAGUCAGAUUAAAUUUAAGAAUAGAAUUAAGAGUGACAAUAAAAUGUGUUUUUAUUUCACUUCUAAAGUCUUAUCUGUAAUAACUGCAGUGUUUUCUGUGCAUAGGAAGCGCUGGUACCUCUUCCCUCCAGAGGACACUGCUCAGUUGUACCCCACCAGGAUCCCUUAUGAGGAGUCCAGCAUCUUCAGCCAAGUGGAUGUUCUCCAUCCAGACCUGAAGAGGUUCCCUGCUUUUCAGGAAGCCCGGGCCCAUGUUGUCACUCUGCAGCCAGGGCAGGUGAGGCGUCUUUGCUCGAUAUAGUUUUAUUCCAAACAUUUAAUCCGUUACAGAGCUCUCUUUUAAACCCACAUUUGAUCAGUCAUGUCCUCUUAAGCUUUCUUGUUCAUUUGGAUUCAUACUUCUGAGUUUAUUAGUUUGUUUUUAUGGAUAAUGUUGAAAGCUCAUGUGAGGUUUGAGUUAAUUUUGCCAAAAACAGAGCUGCAUGCUUUUAAAUACCUCACCUGAACCCUACCUGGCAGCAGCAGUCAUGGGCAUUGAAAUAACUGCAUUUAAGUUAUCAGUCUUUUUUGGAUCGUUAGUUUUUUUUGGCUGCAGUAAUUCAGUGUUAUAAAAACUCAGUUUCAUAACCAGCUUGAAACACCUCACAAGAACUUUGAACCACGAUCAUAACAGUGAACCAACUAUUAUUUUGUUCCAGUCUCAGUAGAGGGUUUCCUCACCAAAAAAUAUUUUCAGCUGAAAGUAUUUUCUGGUCAGUUAAGCCCAUCUGAUCUUUCCUCUGAGCUGUUUUUAAACAUUUCUCUUUCCUGGCGCAGUAAACACACAGCAUAUUACAGAUAACAGUGUACCACUUUCUACUUCUAACUCCCCUUCCAUUUUAUUGUGUAGGCCUACAUUACACAACAAACACUAUCCUGUUUGUCUGCUGUGUAAAGAAUCACUCAUCGCAAUCAUACAGACAUGUCUAGUGAAAUAAAAAAAGUCGUUAUCAGAUAGUAAUUAGGGAUACAUGAUAUAAAUGGCAUUUUAUAGAGUCACAAAAAAGAGUUUUAUCUGAAUGGCAGACAUGAAAAAUCCUGCCAGUAGCAAUCAUGUGCACCUGAUGACAGCCUGUACGCCAACAACGGGCUUUAACAUGUUUGCUUUAUGGGAAGUAUUUUGUAGUGUCAAAAACAUGAAGCAAAACAGAAACCCAAAUUGGUAUCAGUAUCUGUAUUUGUAUCAUUCAAAAUUAGUUUGAAAGUGUCAUCAGACUGGUAUCUGCAAAGAUCUUCUUGCAUCUGUAAUUGCAUUUUUUAUUUCUUUUUAUUUCAGCGUAACAAAACACAUUUUAUUUUACAGUCAAAAGCUAGGUGGAUGGCAGAAAUAUACCAAUUUAUCUCAAAUGGGGCAAUCUGCAAGCUCCAACAUCCUCCUACUGUCAGCGUGUAGUUCCAGUGCAAGUGAUUGGCAAAUGUCUGCCAAUUCAUAACAGACUUAUGAACAUAUUGUGUAUUAUUCAAAGAGACUAGAGCAUCCACGGGGGGGUGGAGGGACGCAAAUCUGCUUGCUAAAAACAACAAAAAGUAAUGAUACAAUACAGAGUGUGAAUAACAAUAAAAGGGCUGAAAUAAGAGAUGAAGAAAAAGUAAACAUGAAGUAACUCAAUUGUUUUUGUGUGUAUCACAUCAUACUUUAAAUGAUUGUGACAUGUUUACAUCAGCUGCAACCCAAAAAAAUAUUAAAGCUCCUCCUGAGGAGUUUUUAAUUGGUUAUGGAGCGGACUGAAAUCAACAGUGAUGACUCUUUACAACCUGCAAAAGCAAACUAGACUGUUACAAAAGAUUAAAGAAUAUCUUUUACACAAGAUUUAUUCCUGUGAUACUAGAGUGUACUGUGCUGUCAGGGGGUAGGUGUCAGAUCAUCUAAGGAAACCCAAUUAUUAAGUUCUCCCCAGCAAACAUAAUAUAAAGCAAGGUCAUUAUUUGAGAACCUAGUUUACACCCAUAAAGUAACAGACAUUACUUUGUCCACAUGAGGGCGCCAAAAUAAACAUAAACAGAAAGUUCCUCACUGGAGCUUUAAAAUAAAUUUAAUGAAAGAGUCCAGUUUUAAAAAAAAAGAGAGAUUUUUUUUUUUCAAUUAGACUUUUAAAGAACAAUUGCUGCUUUGUUGAACUGCUAGUCAUGAUGAUAGUCAAAAUUUUAUCACCAGACAUAUCCAUCUAUGUAUCAGUUGUGUCCAACAUCUAUACGACUUGUAUUUGCUUGACGUCAGAAACCCACCGCACGUGAUUUGAUGAAGUUGAACUUUAUGCAACCCCUUAGCACUCCAUAAUGUGUUCAGAUGCUCGUAACACAGGAGCUAUAACCGUAAAAGAUCCCUUUAAUGGUCCUUGAGCUCUGAACAUGUAAAAGUAGACCUAAAAGGAUGAGAUUUAUUUGUUGUGAUGUCCUCCAUAAAAGUAAUGCAAGGCAACAGUCACGACUUGCGUGGCAAUUAAAAGCUGGCCUUCGUGGUUAUGGUACUUCACCUUCAACAGUCUGAAGCUUUUAUACUGAAGGAGGCGUAAGGUAAGUCACAUUAAAGUCGCUUGAGUCAUCACUCUUCAUGUCUUGUCAGGGGAAAACGGCAGUGGGGUCAAGUCUAGGCAAUUAGAUCAUCUGACAGCACAGUCAAGCUCCUGUCAUCUGCUCUCUCGUAGAAGCAGCAGGAUUCAGAGUCUGUAAAGGUAUGAUUGAGGUGUUGUGAAAUCCAACCAUGGCUGUUAUGACGCCCUCAUCUCCUCUGCUGCUUUCAAAAGAGUUUCCGGAUUUUGGGUAAAAGUCUUCCUGUCCUACUUUGCCUUGUUUUAGAUUCCCGCUGCAUUGUUUUGUUCUGCAGGAGUCAAAAAAGUGACAGAGCAAUUAAGCAUCUGUCUCUUUUCACUAUCUGUUUGUGCCUGAACUCUUGAAGCGCCCUGAAUUCGCUCUUAUCAGCAGAACAAAACCCAGCUGUCAAGGAACUCUGAAGGCAGGUGAAACUCUGUGCAGGCCAGGGUCACAGCUGAUGCUGCGGGAGGUUUACUUAUUUUAUCUUGAGAAAUGAUGAUGGUGGUUACACAGCUGAGGGAUGGUAUGCCAAAGAGAGUCAAAUGCCAUGACUGUGCUGCUUUUCAAGUACAGCCAACCAAUCUCGUUUACUUCAGUUUUGGUGUUUAGCAAAACUUUGACAGUUUUUGUUGAUGCCACUGAAAGAAGACUUCUAUUGUUGACUUCUGGAACCAGCAAGUUUUGCCACCCCAGUCAAAAAAGUCUGGACAUGACAUUGUUCAGUGGCAUUAAGAAAACAGUAGGAUCUAUACUGGGUCAGGCUAAAAAAAAUUUUAUUAGAAAAAGCUGCAGUCAAACACCUAUUUCCUUCUUUUACAGAAAGGCGGUAAAAAGCUGACUUCCGUACCGGCAGAUUAACAGUCAGCUAGUACACAGUGUGCAGGACUAACUCCCCAGUGAAGAUUCGUCAAAAAAAACUGAUCAAAAUGAAGUCUUAAGGAUAGUAAGACUUGAAAUCAAAUUUUAGGAAAGGCAAUUCACGCAAUAGUUAUGACUUAAGUACAAUAAGCAAGUGAAUUGACUCUAUUACUGUCUACCAUGAACAGUAAGAUCAUGAUGUUGGGCUGGAAACAAAAUUACUUGAUUUACAACAAUGUCUUUAGCUGGGUUGCAUGUUAGGCUCUUUAUGACUGCCUCUUUACAAGGCAGUCGUAAAGAAAUAUUACAUAUUAAAACAUUGAGCAUUAGCAGGAAGUUAACCGGAGGUACAUCCAAUGAUAAAACCACUGUUACUUUAACAGAUCUGUACCAUUUGUUUUUACGGUUGGAUUGUUUCAUCUUUUUACAUUUCUUCUUUGUCCAGGUUUUGUUUACUACCUGGCUUUCGAGCAUCCAUGCUAUUCAAUUACAUGUUCAGACCCUGGUGUGUGAACUCAUAGCGUGCACAUAACACUUAGGUCAGUUUCAGUCCAGUUUAGCUUUAAACAUGACUUAGAAAAUCGAUCCACAACCACAUUAUCCAGGUACAUUUUUCCAACUAUAAUAAAUCCGGUUUCAGUUUGAGUAACAUGUUUGCACAGGAUAAGAGUUCUCAGGAAUUUACAAAGUAAAUCAAUAUCAAGUCACUUACAUGUUGAAAUAUUGUCUUGCAUCCCUAAAACAGAGAUCUUCAACUCCUCAAGGUCAGUGUUGUGCCAGGCUUACACGCAACAGAAAGCUAUGAGUGCACUUUUUUUGUUUUCACCAUACACUCUGUCAUACUGCAGCAGAAGACAAAAUAAUCGAGCACAGGUAAAUCUCCUUCAGGAUGGCUCCAGCUCUGCAAACCUAAUGAAAGAAGAGAUCAUUCAUCUUGUCUUGUCAGACCACAGGCCAUGAAUGAAUCAGGCCUGCUGAGGAAGCAGGGAAUCAAUAAGACUUGCCCAUUUUAAUAGACUUACUUUAUGAAUGGAUGACAGUCUGUGGAGAGAAAGGUGUUUGCUGCCAUCUAGUGGACAAUCAGAAUUAAAAAAAAAAAUCUGUCCUAAAGAUUUAUCACUGAGGCUGGAAGGCAACAAAUAUUGAGUCUGUGAUGUUAUGAAACUGCUGAUCCAUUUAGACUGCUGAGAAGUAUCUGACUUUUAUCCUCUCAGGUACUUUAUGUCCCCAGACACUGGUGGCAUUAUGUGGAGUCUGUCGAUCCCAUCACAGUCAGCGUCAACUCCUGGAUUGAACUGGUGAGCAAAUCUGUAAAAAUGUAAGGAAAAUAUAAGAAGAGGAGCUCAGUCCUCCCUCGUCAAGGCCUCCUCACUCUCAGUUGUGAACAAAAUUUAUAGUUAAAAAAAGAAGAGCUUGGUCAUGAUGGUGAGUGUGUGAGUAAAAGGCCUCCCACUACAAGCUAAAUAUUUACCCAAAGAGCUGCUCACUCUCCAACUGUAAUGAUUGUAAGGUUGCCAAAACAACAAACUCCACUCUGCAUCUUUUUCACUCGGUGCAACUGUCUUGACUUUUCAGAACUCUUUCUUGUUUUGCUUCUCUGACUAACUCCCUCGGCUCUCUGUCCCUGCUCAGGAUGUGGAUCACAUCGCCAGAGUUAAUGAAGCGGUAACCAAGACUGUAGUCUGUGCCCUGAAGAGCGCACCAAGCGAUGACAACACCGACGACUGGCUCAAUCCCACUGAGGUUGUGAAUUCGUUUGAUAACUUGGAUCAGUUGCUCUCUGAUUACCACCUCUUGCAGCAACAGGGAAAAAAUCCAAACACAUUUAUUUCAGCCUGGAUACGCAGAGCUGGCAUCAGAAAAUGAACUGUGAGGAUGGAAAAUAAGGGUUUGUCCAGCUGAAAGAGGCUUCAGAGGGUUCACAGCACCAUCAACUGUCUCAUUACUGAGAGGAAAGGAGUGCAAGGACAGAGUUAGUGAAAUACGCUGAAUGGGAUGCCAGCUAAAACACGUCUGCGCAUUUAAAUGAGGAGGAAUAAUGUCAGUGGGGGGCCAAAACAAAAGUAAGAAAAAACUGAUUCGCCUGUGUUCCCCUCUUUCCUCAUACAAGGAGGAGAGUAAGGUAAAGCAUACAGUCUAAUUUAAAGAUAAGCUCUCAGGACAACUGGAGUCUUGUCCUGGUUUGGCCUCCCCUGUCGUCUUUUAAGCUUUUCCCCGCAUACUAUUCUCUCCUUGUUUUCUCUCUCUCUUCCCUCAUUACAGCGGUAAAGUAGGGGGAGGUAAAGGAUGCAGCCUAACCCUGCAGUAGAGAUGUGGCCCAAGUAUGUUUCAUGUGCUGGUUCUCUCUCCCUGAUAUCUUUCUAGCAUCUUUUUAUAAUUUCUCUGUUACCUCUUUCUUCUCUCUCUUUUCCUUCACUUUGGGUGGUGUGGGGAGGUAGAGCAUACAGCAGAACUUAAUGCAGGCGAGCUUGAGUCCAAACAUAAUUCCUUCCCUGGUUUGGCCUUCCUUGGCCUUACAUACUUCAAGAAAUAACUUUCUGGUAAAGACACCACAACCAAGAACUGAGUGUAAAGAUGAACGUACUUGUCAGAAGCUGGACAUUGCUUGCCUUGUCCUUAUUUAUAUUUGGACAAGACAAGCGCUAAAAUAACUUUCGUAGAUGUAGCCAUCUUGUUUCCACCUCCGAUUUUGCUUUCUUCUGACUUGAUAACUGAAACGCUGGUAACUCAGGUGCGACGUCAUUCCCAGCUCAGACUUCUGACUUCUGAGGUAACUCGAACGCAACAUUAGAUAUUCUGGAUGACUGGUUUUCAGAACCUACAAGCCAUAAUUGUCAACAUUUGAACAAGAAUGGCUUGAAAUAUGACACUUGACGUGCACUGAAUAUAAAAAUGAUCAAAGUUACUUUUUCCAAAACAGACAACAACAAAAAACUUGUUCAGAUGCACCUGUUCUUGCAACUCCUUAUGAAGGCUUUGGAUUAAUCCUUUAACAACAUUGGCCACAGGAGUGUUAGCACACUGAACACAAAAUGCAGGAUGAUUCAUCAACUCAACAUCCAGGGUUUAUGCCACAUGCUGUUAUCCUUCAAAUAUUUCGUCAGAACCUCUGCCUCACCUCUGAAGCUGGCCUCUCCAUCUGCACUCUGGUCGUGCCAGAGAAGUUGUCAAUAAGGCCUCCUCCGAGUCUCAUUAAGGCUGAUAUCUGUGAUUUAGCUCAUCCAGCCUCGCUGAGAGUCUCGCCUGCCUGCUGUAAGCGCUGUACCUCCCACAUCUUAUUCACUCAGAGUUAGUUGGAAAGCCAGACAGCUUAAAGCACUCAGAGGGUUUAUUUAUCCAACCCACAGGAGGUUGUUUAUUCUGUAGUCACAGUAAGGGCUUUCUGUAGACAAACACAGGUGGUAGAGAGACACUAAAGCUGUAUCUAACAAGAAAGGGGACACAAUUAAAACCCUUGAAUCUAACUCCCUGUUAAAACAAGUUUUCUGCUGUGACAGUGCCAGUGAAAAAACGUCUGAAAAGAGGUAUUAUACAUCUAGAUAUUUCAAGGAGGUGAGGAGUUCAGAAAGUUUGAAACUCUCCAAAAAUAGUGAAUGUCUUUUUAUUGAGAUCUGACAGCUAUAUGAGCUGGAAUGAUGGUUCUGCAGAGCCAGCUAGGGAAAAUUAAACAACUCGUAAAUAUACAAAGAGACUUCAUUUACCAGGGUGCUCAUGUAGUCCAGUUGGGAGAGUACAUACACCCAACACAGAGGUUUGAAUGCAUCAGCAGCAGCAGCUUUGAUUCUGCAGCUUAUGAUCCACAUCACCAUGACCCUGACUUAUCAGUAUUUCUCUCCUCUGCUUUUACCAUCCAAAAGGCUGAACUGGCCUCAAAAUAACCUUUAAAAUUAGAAGAAAAAAGAGGGGAAAGCUACUUGUAGUUUACUCAGAGUGGGGGUAACUUUUGGGAAACUUUUGCAGUCCUUAAAGCGGGUGGUCUGGGUUCAAAUCUGACCAGUGGCCAUUAACAGUGUCACCCCUCACUUUCUCUGAUUAUUACCAGACAACUUUGUAGAUUACUGUCACACACUUACUAGAAUUAUUCCUCAACUCAAACUUGUUCCCCUACUGACUUGUUCUCCCCUAUAUGUCGCGUUCAUAGGUAGGAAAGGUAAGUUUCUCUCCUCUACAUGGAGCUGUCCAUUUAAAUCCAGUUUCAUGCUGCGUAAAUCUGAUUGGUUGUGGGUGUGUUUUCUUCAGGAAUAUUCAUAAAUUGUCCAACCUCAGAGAAGAAUACCAGAUCUUAACUGUUUGAGCAAGUUACACGUAAUUCUGGCGUGAAAUUCAGUUUGAUCAGCAUGUUUGUCUCUAGUUUUGGUGUGGAUAAAACUUUUCAAACCUUUCGUCAAACCAAUCCAAAACAAAAGCGAUUUUAUCGAGUAAAUGGGAUAUCCACCUCCUUAAGAACUUCAGAGCUUCUUUCCCAUACAGAGAGUUAUGCCUUUGCUUCACAGAAUAAUGAAUAUUUUCUUGUUUUUUCUGCAUUCUGCCAUUUCCAUACAUCUGAUCAGAUCAUUCACUUUUAUAUCGUACAGACUCUGGUCACAGCACGGCUCUCCCUGCCUUCACUUGUUUUUCAUAAAAUAGCUUUUAAACUAGUAGCUGCUGUUUGCUGACCUCUCAGUAACAACAUGUUUUUAUGUUUCCGCAGGAAGCAGUAGGGUCCCAUACUGAGAACAUGCAGUAUGUAAACCUGGCGCUGAGAGCUUCUGCUCAAACACAGAGGAGCCUUGGCCACAACCGAGAGGCACGCCCCAUCAAACGGGACUCCAGGGGACAAAUCAAGAAACACCGAGAUAAAGUAGAGGAGCCGAAGCCCUUCAUUGUUCCCUUUGGACCACAUCUGAUCCCUGUACACUGUCAGCGGGAAAACUUACCAAAACAAGAGGGAGAAACGGACAAGAAAUCCUCCAGGAACUGUGAUACCAAGUCUCAGGAGGUCUGCUUCACUGCCAGUUCAAAUGAGGUACAGAGAGCAGAGCUUACAUCUGCCAACAGCUCAAGUCAAUGCAGACAACGUGACAGCGCAGAUGUGAAUACCCAGAACCCUUCAGAGGAUUAUGAGGAACCAGUAGACACGAAAAUAACCACUAAUGACCUGUUGGACUGUCUGGUACAUCCUGAUGUCAUCGCCCUUGUCACCAAGCUUUUACUGGAAAGGCACACAGGAAGUUACAGGGCUAUGACACCCUAAGACUCAUAAAUUACAUAAUCCAGCUGAGGCUGUUUUAGGUUUUCUACUGUGGAUGUCUCUCUUGACUUGGUGAUGGACAACUGUGGCAGGAAAAAGCUUAAAACAGCUUUUUUUGCUGCAGAUAUCAGCUCUCCAAAACUCCUGCAGAUGCUUUAGAGUUGAUAAAAGGAGGUGAGAUUAACACUGCCUUUCUUUCACCCCCUCAUCUGUAACGCUUCUCAGGAGGCACAAUGUCGGAACCAAAACGAAUCACAAUACGAGCGAUGCCAUCAAGUGCUUCCUUGUUUUGCUGCCCUGCUCAGACUAAUCCAGUUUGGUUGUUCCAGACCAAGAAAUAUGCUCUCCCUAAAUCAAUUUCAUAUGCUAAUAAAGAGCAUAAUUCAAGGUAAUAAUCCUGAGAUUUGAACAUUUGUUUUCUCAGUAAUGUUUUCCUGUCAUCCUCUAACGAAAAUUGUCAAUGAACAACAGCAGAGGGCUAAAAGCGAUGCUUCGCUGAUCGAUGAAAACUGCGUGCAGGAGGUAAUAAAUGGGAAGUGAUUGAUGACAGUCUGACACCACAUAUCCAGUCACAUCUUAGAGAGGAAGGACAUUAACGGGGAGAAUGAAAAUAUGCUUUAUAACUUGUUUCUUAGCUCAAAUUCAUGCAGUACUCUUUGUUUUUCAUUGAGAUUGAUCUAAAGUGUUCACAGUGUCAAAAUGCAAAUUAAAUAACUUUUUUACAUUUAUGAAA